UAUAUGACUACACUGUAAUUGCUCCCACCCCCCAGGGCCCUGGCUUUUUAACUGCUUGUUUAAAAAGGUGCUGAACCCUUACCCUGGGCUCCUUGGAUGGGGCUUCGUGCUUUGUGUGCCCCACUAUCUGGGCUCAUUGUCAUUCAAAGGACCUGGGUGCAGGGGACCCAGGCUGCCAUGCUUGCUGCUUGCUGUGCUAGAAGCAAUUCAGUCUUAGCAUCUACUUUAACCUUUGGUACGUUUACUCCUUGCCAUCCUUUAUGACAGGGGUGAAUAGGGCUAGGUGGUUAAGUUUUCAAGGCUGCAGGCCACAUUGUUUCUGCUGGAAACUGGAAAGGACUCAGUUUAACCACUGUCCCCUGAGAGAAGCGGUAUACAAUAUGUAAAUGAGUGGGUGUGGUUGUGUUUCGCCACCAUCACACCCUGCCAACCUAACAACUUUAAGUACAAGAGCAAGCAGCUGGUCCACCUUCCUUUUAGAGAUGGGACAUCUGAGACUCAAAGCUGGAACCUGCCUAAUGUCUCAUAUGGAGCAGGCAGUAGAGGUGAAGACGGCCCUGUGCCACCAGAUCCUUUUCCACCCUUCCCCACCUUACCCUGUGCUUUGCUCACGGUUGCUAAAGAAAACCUUCAGCUUGCAGAAAGUUCUGCCAAUGGGAGGCACAAGUAGAGAUAGAAAGGCAGAGGAGAGGGGAGGGAAACAAGGUUGGUUAUGUACCCACCAGGCUUCUCGGACUGUCAGGGCCUGGUGGGAGGGCUUCUUCAUACCCCUCUCCAGGUGCAUGGAAUCGCUUCUGCUCCUUCCCCUUUAUGCCCAGAAGAAAAGAAUUACCGCCCACCUCCAUUCCAACUGGCGACAUCCUUAAAGGUAAACGGCUGUCCUCCACCCCCCUGGAAAUCCUGUUCUUUCUGAACGGGUGGUAUUAUGCUACCUAUUUUCUGCUGGAACUCUUCAUAUUUCUGUACAAAGCUCUCCUGCUACCAUAUCCAACAGCCAACCUAGUACUCGAUGUGGUGAUGCUUCUCCUUUACCUUGGAAUUGAAGUAAUUCGACUGUUUUUUGGUACAAAGGGAAACCUCUGCCAACGAAAGAUGCCACUUGGUAUUAGCGUGGCCUUGACCUUCCCAUCUGCCAUGAUGGCCUCCUAUUACCUGCUGCUGCAGACCUACGUGCUCCGCCUAGAAGCCAUCAUGAACAGCAUCUUGCUUUUCUUCUGUGGUUCAGAGCUGCUGCUUGAGGUGCUCACCCUGACGGCUUUCUCCAGUAUGGACAGGAUUUGAAGUGCAGACAUUUCAGCCAGCAGCCCUCAUGGGCUGAGACCACAGGUUCUUCUGGUCUUUAGCCACACCAGUGAGAAUUGGGUCAUGUUGUUCUGGGAAGGGUCGCAGCUCUUCCUCAGUACAGACAUCCGAGCAUGAGGCCACUGGGCAUCAUCUUCUAAACCAGGACCAUCAGCCCAAGAGACUGUGCUACACUCCAGCGUAGGGAGGGACGAGGCUGUCCCAUUCUGGCCCGGCUCAGAGCCAGCUCCCUGCUGAGCUCCGGUUCUCUUUGAUCCUCAUGGCCAGAGCAUCUUGUGUGGCCCACGUGGGCUCCUUGGACUUCCUUCAGGACCGGAGCCACAUACUCCCUGUGAGUACAGAGAACCUUGGGACGGUUUGCUCCCAGGGUGACGCGCAAGCCUCUCACGUCGUUCCCCAGAGACUGAGCUCCAGAAUUUUUUUAGUGGCUCAUAGUGUUAUUUUUCUACUCUCAUCAUGAUACAAACAUUAUUUUGUAAUAAACGUGUAUUUUCUAU